GCCAACCCUUUACAAUGAAAUAAAUGCUUCUAUUUAUACCCGCCAAUGGGCAGGUGGCUGUAGUGACGUGGCAGCCUGUGGACCGCUGGUGUCCCAACUACCCAAUCUUUAGCAUUAAAUGCACUUCCCGCCAGAAUCUAGGUUUCCCGCCGGAUCAGUGGGGACGUUCGUCCACCCAGGAAGUGAGUUGGAUUGCUCCAAGUGACCCUCAGGUGAUACCGGCUGUUCGUCUCCUGGCCUUGAUAGAUACUCACCAUGUGGACUGGGUUUCCUCCGAUGACUACAGGCUUGCUCUGGGGACGUUCGUCGCCAUCCCUGGUGGCCCGUGGUUCUGCUCCUUGUCCCUGCAUAGACGUUCGUCGGGAUGAGCUGCUGGGCCUGAGCCCCCCAACACCAGACGUUCGUCCAUCCUCAAGGAAUAUGGGCCUGUGGGCUGGCCUAGUGUUCUAACUGGACGUUCGUCUGGCAAAAUGGGUUAGUGGGCCGGACCUCGGCUUGGGCCCUUAACCCAACACAAGUCCCCCACUUCUGAUGUUCUGAGCAUGCGCAGGACAUAAGGAAGUAUGAACCUCCCCGAAGCAGACGUCCGUAUCUUGGUACUUGUGUUUAUUGCACCUGGUGGAAGCGUACGUUCGUGGUCCUGGUGCUUGACAGCUGUUGACGGUUCAGGAAACGAGGUGACGGCUGAUGUUGCGGCGGCGCAUUUUCCCGAGGAAGUGUCAUCAUUACGUUCCCAUCCCACGCACAGCGCGUGGGCCGGAAUACGCUCCUUGCCACGUGUCAGUCCCUCGUUGGUUUCUCCAUCGGUGUUUCUCCUAUAAAUGCUGGGUUUUCCCUCUGAAUUAGGGUUCCCAAUUUCUGCUCUCUUGCUCUCGAUCUUCCGCAGCUCUUCAAGUCUCCUGAAUUCAGCUAACCCCUUUGUAAGGUAAUUUCCCCCCUUUGCUUCUUUUCUUUACUCUGAUUUCUAGUCGGAAUGACUUCGAUGGAGAUCUCCUCAAGUUCUGAUUCCAGUUCGUCGGGUUCCUCCUCGGGCUCCUCUUCUGAAAAUGCGAAUGCACGCUCCCUGGGCAAAACUAGUGUUUCUGGAAACUCGGGUUCGGCCACGACGGUGGGAACCAUCCGGGCUGAUGGUGAGCCGGGUGGUGCUUCCCAAGGUAGUGGGAGCAGCGCCAGGGGUGGGGCUUCCCAAGGUAGUGGGAGCAGCGCCAGGGGUGGGGCUUCCCAAGGUAGUGGGAGCAGCGCUAGGGGUGGGGAUGCCGAUGAGGCAGUGGACGUUAUUGAUGCGGUCCCCCUGAAUGAGCGUCCUGCUGAUUAUGAUUCUGGAGAGGAAGCCGAAUCCGGUUCUGAUAUGGAGGUGUACGAUCUGGGCAUCCCCACGGAUAUGGAGCGCCACAUCUGCCCGAUCAGGAGCGCCCUUGACCACGACCAAGUCCUCUCCCGCGUGGCCCUCAAUAAGAUCCGUACCUUCCUUCCUCCACCGUUCGUCUGGAGUGUGAGAGGCGCUGAGCAUGUGAUGAGGAGACGUCCGGGGAUGAUCAUGCUUCACCUGGAUUCCGUUGAAGCCGGGCUGCGGUUUCCACUUCAUGCGUUCUAUGUGGAGUUCUUCCACUGUUUCCAGGUGGCCCCGGCGCAAUUCAUGCCAAAUUCUUAUAGAUUCAUAUCGGCCUUCUUGGUGCGCUGCAAACUUGCGGGGGUCGAUGCCACUCUGGAGCUCUUCCACUAUUUCUACCGCGUCACUCCCCAGAAUGCCGACGGGUAUCUGAGCGUGGCCGCACGUCCUGGGAGGCGGCUGUUCAAGAGCUACCCCUCGUCCAUCCACGACUGGAAGAACCGCUUCUUCUUCCUUCGAUACGACGGGCCUCCUCUCCCUCUCCGGUGGAAUGGGUAUCCCCCAAAGAUUGAGUCAUCGGAGCCGACCGACGAUCUGCUUUUGGAUGCGGAGAAGGUGUUGGAGGGUGGCGUCCGUCCCAUAGCCGGGUAUCUGACCUUCGAGGCACUCUCCGGGGCAGGCAUAGGUUCUCCGCCAGAUCGAGACCAGAUGAAUCACGCCGAGUGUUUGAAGACAAGGAAGGCCAAAGCGGCCGCUGCUAAAGCCGCACUGGCGAAAGCCAAGAAUGCCCCCGCCCCGGAGUCCAACUCCUCGGCUUCUGACGCUGCC